ACGUGUCAUCGUAAUGCAUUCGUCAGUGCUGUAGGAGGCAGUGUUGCCAAGUCCGCGGGUUUAAGCGAUCCCUAAUAACGUGAAGUUUAGCCCAUAAAAUGCGAAACUUACCAGGGGAACCCCACCAAAAACGUGUAUCUUACCCCACCCGAAUGAGGUUUUUACCGGGGGAUCCACCUCGAAACGUGAUUGAGCUAGUUUUGAGUAGCAAUUGGGAGGGUUUUGUUGUGAAAAUCUGGCAACCCUGAGCCACGACGUAAACGCAAGCUUCCCAUAUCAGUACUUUCGAUUUGGUUCUCGGUAAACAUUUACAUCCUAAGGAAUUGCAGCAAUUCUGCCCUAAUCAUGUGCUCAGGUCUGCGUUCAGCUGUUCCUCUAGCUGUGGUUGAGGAGAUCCUGCUGAAUCUGCCUGCUCAUCAGGUGGUGCGAGUCUGUCGUCUGGUGUGUCGUGAGUGGAAGGAGCUGGUGGACAGUGCUGCACACUGGAGAGAGCGCUGUCGGAGAGAGGGGAUCCAGCCACAGGAUCCCUCCAGAGCCCCAGACGGCUGGUGCCAGUUUUACUUCUUAACUAAGAAACGACGUAACUUGCUCAAGAAUCCUAGAGCAGAAGAUAAACUUCAAGGAUGGAAGAUUGUACAGAAUGGAGGGGACCGCUGGGUGGCAGAGGAAAAUAGGAACCCAUUUCCUCAUUCACCGGUCACAAAAUGUUUUGUAACUUCUUAUGGGUUAUGUUUGAAGCAACAGCUGAUAGAUUUGAAGAAAGAAGGCUACAAUGAGGCUUUCAUGGAUCAGCUACAACCUCAUAUCAAAAUAUCAGACUGGUAUGCCCCACGCUUUGAUUGUGGGUGUCAGUAUGAGAUCAGUGUCGAGUUGCUUGAUCGGAGGAAAAAACCCAUCUGUACUUUUCAACCUGAGAAAGUUUUUUUUCAACAGUGGAAUGAUGAGCCAUGGUGUGAAAUGACACAUGUCUUUAAGGAUUAUGGACCUGGGGUUCAGUUUAUCCGUUUCACUCAUGGAGGGGUGGAUACACAGUAUUGGGCAGGCUGGUAUGGGAUACGGGUCACUAACAGUAGUGUGGAGAUCUGUCCCGCUGAAGAGAGAUAGUGUCUUACUGCAUUAUUUUUUUCCUUAAAUUAACUUGCAUGAAGGUGCCCAAAGAAUAAUGCAAUGUACCAUAAUGGAGACAUAUAACAUUACAAAGCGCUGUUGUGUAUGCACUUAGUUCCAAUAAACGCUGUAUGUUACACUGUUAAAA